AUGCUGGGCCAGCCUCUGGUGCCCCCCCAGAGCCCGUUUGAGCAGCUACAUCUUGGGUACACGCCCGGCGCGGCAGGUCGUCGGCGUGGGUGGUGUACCCCCCUGGUGCCGGUACGAGCGGUGCCCCCCAACGGUUCGGGGGCUUCCAGCGCCUCGACGGGGAAACUAAUGCCCACAGCACCCAUCGCGCACGAGAAAGGGCCGCCGACAAGUCGCGUCGGGCGGGAGCAACCAAUUGUGCUGCUUCUGUGGCCAGCAACGACUGCUGCCGGGCCCAAUGUCAGAAAACGAGAAGACGGGGACAAAUGGCCUGACUUUGAAAAUCAGGCCAUCUGCAAGGCUGAAGAAGCACAUGGAGGGGGGCCAGCGCAAAUGGCCCCGGCCGAUUGGGCCGCCGGGAAUGAAAGUGGUCUGAUGAUCCAGGCGUCGCCCGCGUCGCCCGCGGCGCAAAAUGUUAUGGACAGACUCUUGGGCCAGCGUCCGGGACUCGAUUCUACCAGCAUAUUCCAGCAGCAUCGUGAGCAGCAUCGUGAGCAGCAGUCGGCAAGCAGCCCCGUAGCUCUCUCCCGAUUACGCGAGCAUAUUUCGUCGGGAUCCGACGCGAGCUUGUUGUCCACGGGGCGCAACACUGCAAAUGUUAACUUGGGCGGUGGACUAGACCGGCCGUGCCCUUCGUUACCGCAUUUCGUCGCUGUGCUGGGCUCGCAACCCAGUGGCCAGCCGGUACCCGAUGCGCCCCAGCGGAACCCAGGGUGCCAUCCCGCGAGGAAGUCCCAGAAAUCCCAGAAAUCCCACGUCCCCAGCGGUCGCCUUGUCAGGCCACUUCUGAUCCGAUUUCUACAGCACUUGCCCACACUCCAGACCAGUCAUGUUUCCGCCGGCCAGGCGCGGAGUUUCAGCCUGGCAAUUGCUCACAUUGCUCACCUUGCCCUCGUAGCCAGCCUAGGACGGACUCCUGCGAACUCCUGCGGCUUUACUCUUCCUCAAUUUCCUCACCGUGGCCCGCUGACCUAUUCCUCACACAUUUAUCACGUGAGAUUAACUCAGCUCGAGCCGACUUCUCCCGCACCGCUUCUUCUUCUUCCUCCACUGCUCCUGCGGUGCCCUCCGGGUCCCACGCUCGGGUGCAGAAACCCAUGUCUCUCAAGUCUGCGACUCCGCUGGCAAUUGUCGGCGACCGGCAAGGCAUGGCUUGGCUACCACAUUAGGUGUCGCAACAUAUUUCCACGCCGACUGACAAUACCGUGGCCCGUACCCAAUCAGACUUCAGUCAUUCGUAAUUUCGAGACAGUCCUGGGAAACUCUGAGCGCACGGCUGUGGCUCUGUCAGUCCCAGCUGAAGCCCUGCUGUAUAGUCACUUACAUGCUCCUGCACGACCUUGUGGUCUGUUGGCUUUGGACGUUUGGGGAUUGCCCCUGCGAGAGCAAAGCGCACUUCAACUCCUUAUACGCUCGUACGUGCUCUGUGAUGAAUCCGUAUAG